GGGACAAGUCGCUUACUUGCUUACGUGAGAACGCAUCGUUAUUUCAGUCCAUCAUCACGAAUAUACUAAGGAUAAAAUAAAAACAAUAAUCGUUGUGCAAAAUGGUUGCCCACUCGCUUGCCUGGCCGAUGAUUUGUUUUACAACACUAUGGGGUUUGGUUGGUGUUGUGGCCCCCUUUUUCGUGCCAAAAGGUCCAAAUAGAGGUGUUAUCAUCACAAGUCUGAUAUUGACCGCCGUCUGCUGCUAUUUGUUCUGGUUAAUAGCCAUCCUGGCUCAAACCAACCCACUGUUUGGACCACAGUUGAAGAACGAAACCAUUUGGUACUUGAGAUAUUUCUGGGAGUAGAGACAGCUUGUUGUGGAGAGCCAUAGGAUGGAGCCUCGAUCCCUUAUGUCAAUUCGCCUAUAAAUAUAUAAAAAAUAUGUUAUUUAAUUUGUCAAUACAUAUCAAUAUAUUAUUUAUAAAUAAUUUAUACUAAAUGUUCUCCAACUCUGAUUUCUGUCUUGUAUUAUAUGUAAUUUACACUGGGCUACCAGGUCUUUUGAAGCAGAAAAGCCUGAUAUGUACAUUGCAGUCACAAAUGUGAAAAUAAUCAAAUUGAAAGGUUAGCUCUAUAUGUUGUUCAGUGUAAUUUGGACCCAUUUUUAAAUCUAAAUCAUGGUUUGGUUUUUUUCCAGCCUGAAAUGAUAUUACUCUCUCAAUUCACCCAGCAUGUAUACUUUUUUUCUACAGAUAUAAUUUUUUUUGUGUGACACACAUUUUUGUCGCACAUUUUGUUUGAUGUCAGUGUCAACCUAUUGUUCAAAAUGCCAAAAUGCAAUUAAUGUAGAGGGGUCAAUUCAGGAAAACACUGAUCAGAUGUGAUGAGAAAUCUUUAAGCAGUACAAUUCUGCAUAGAUAUGCAUUGACCAGCAAUCUAACCAAUACAAUCCAGUCAUCUGAUUAUCCUGCAGCCCAAAAGAAAAACAUGUGAAAGGCCAUUUCUGUCCUGUCUCAUGCUCCUGAGAAAGAAAAUAAAGGCAAAACAAGUUCAACUAUCUGUAGUUAUGCUGGGUACGUUCACAAGGGAAUCACCUGAAACAUUUUUGGCCACUGCCAAACUUGUGGACUGUAGUAUUGUAUGUUGAUGGUGUUAAUUAUUUCGUUUUUAAAAGUAGUGUUGGUAAAGGUGUUUGACUGCGUAUUUUGAUUGUGUGAUGGGAAAAAUACUGUUUGAUGGUGUAAUACUUCAAAUGCUUUGAACAAAAACACAAAACAGUUGAUUAAUAUUCUUGCCAAUCUGCAUCAAUAAAAUCAUUUAACUGGCUGAUAUAUUUUCAUGUCAUCUGUAUUUCUAGAGUUACAGACGACGUAAUACCAUCUUAAUAACAGCAUCAUCCAUAAUUUCUUUAACUCUUUAGCACUGUACAGCAUUUUAGGUUGAAUGGUGUAUGAGCUAUCAGUCUCUGUAUGGUCAAUACACAGCCUCUUUUUAGAUACCAGCGAGUGUGAUGCCUUUGUGAAGGCACCAGGGGUAGUAAUCUUCAUAGACCAAUUCUAGUGUUAACAUCCAAUCCAGUUCUUCUAUUAGCAUGACCAGGUGCAGCUGAGUGAGGACCAAGUUUGUGUUGUGAUGCUAAAUAAAAAAUAUAUGGUAAAGAC